GCAGAGCUCCUCAGAGUGCGCGCUGCUACGCGGACCGACAGCGCGAGAGCAAGACUCGCACGCGACGACGCAUUUUUUUUUCUUUUUUUUUUUUUUUGAUUCGCACUUCUAACGAGCCGCGUGUCUCCUCGUCCCGUUCAGCGCACGCACGAGCCAGGACACGACCCUGUCCAGAGCACGCGCGAUCCGUCACCUCGCGAGGACAACACGGGGGUUUAAAAGCGGACGAACGGCGCGCGAGCGAGCGCAGCAUCCUCUCUCUCCCUCUCUCUCCUUCUCUCUCUCUCUCUCUCCGCUCCAGGCACGCGAGCUCCCAGCCGCAGCGCUGCCCUCGCGCGCCUGACUUCUGACGGACAGACAGAGCACUGAGUGCGACAAUAAUUUGACGUUUUCAACCGGAAGCGAGAACUUGUAGGACGUACGCUGACAGGACUCAGAGAACCUGUUUCUAGGCUAACGUUUUCGACCGGAAUCCAAAACCGGGGAAUUAAUUUUGCCCUGGUGAACACCCGUGACGCAUGGUGGGAAUUUCUGCCUCUUUUCAGUAUCGCACUGAGAAGCCCUCCACCAUGCCCGACUCGCCCGCCGAUGUGAAAGCACAGCCCAGGUUAACUCCGCCCACCAUGCCUCCGCCACCCGGCACACAGGGAGCCCCCAGGACCAGCUCGUUCACUCCCACAACACUAACGAAUGGCACCAGUCACUCUCCCACCGCACUGAACGGCGCUCCCUCUUCCCCCAAUGGCUUCAGCAACGGCCCUUCAUCCUCUUCCUCCUCUUCGCUGGCCAAUCAGCAGCUCCCUCCGGCAUGCGGCGCACGGCAGCUCAGCAAGCUGAAGCGCUUCCUUACAACUCUGCAGCAGUUCGGCAACGACAUCUCACCUGAAAUCGGCGACCGUGUCCGCACACUCGUGCUGGGCCUUGUGAACUCCACGUUAACCAUAGAAGAAUUCCACUCCAAGCUGCAAGAAGCGACCAACUUCCCCCUCCGACCUUUUGUCAUCCCGUUUUUGAAGGCCAACCUGCCGUUACUGCAGCGGGAGCUUUUGCACUGUGCACGCCUGGCCAAGCAGAACCCAGCACAGUACCUGGCCCAGCACGAGCAGCUGCUACUCGACACCAGCAUCACGUCUCCCGUCGACUCGUCUGAGCUGCUGAUGGACGUCAACGAGAACGGCAAGAGGAGGACACCGGACAGAACCAAAGAGAACGGAUUCGAGAGGGAGCCUCCGCACCCAGAGCACCCAAGUAAGCGGCCAUGCACCAUCAGCCCUGGUCAGCGUUUCAGCCCCUCCAAUGGACUUUCAUACCAGCCCAAUGGCCUUCCUCACACUGCUCCACCACCCCCAGGCCACUACCGGCUUGACGAGAUGGCUAUUGGCCACCAUUACAGAGACUCUUAUCGCCACACCAACCACCGUGAGAUCCGCGAGCGCCCACGGCCAAUCGGGAUGCACGGUGGCACACGUCAGGAAGAGGUCAUCGAUCACAGACUCACAGACAGAGAAUGGGCCGAGGAGUGGAAGCACCUUGACCAUGUAAGAAAACUGCUUAACUGCAUCAUGGACAUGGUGGAGAAGACGCGGCGCUCGCUCACCGUGCUAAGGCGAUGUCAAGAGGCUGACCGCGAGGAGCUCAACUAUUGGAUCCGGCGCUACAGCGAUGCCGAGGACCUGAAGAAGAGCUCCAGCAGCAGCAGCAGCAGCCAGUCGAGACAGCAGAGCCCUGCAGGCCAGGACAGCAACCCUGCAGAGAUCCACCGGGAGGUGCUCCAUAGGCCUGUAUCCGGCUACGUCCCCGAGGAGAUCUGGAAGAAAGCAGAAGAGGCGGUGAACGAGGUGAAGAGGCAGGCCAUGUCUGAGCUGCAGAAGGCCGUGGCCGAAGCCGAACGCAAGGCUCAUGAGAUGAUCAGCACCGAACGGGCCAAGAUGGAGCGCACUGUGGCUGAGGCUAAGAGGCAAGCUGCAGAGGACGCGCUGUCCGUUAUCAACCAGCAGGAGGACUCGAGUGAGAGCUGCUGGAACUGUGGACGCAAGGCAAGCGAGACAUGCAGCGGGUGCAACACGGCGCGCUACUGCGGCUCCUUCUGCCAGCACAAAGACUGGGAGAAGCACCACCAUGUGUGCGGGCAGACGCUGCAGGCACAGCAGCAGGGCGAGACGCCUAGCACCGCCAGCUCCUCGGGCACUCCCAGCAGCAGUGCUGGCAGCCCCGCCGAUACCCCCUCCGCCGCUGCCACGCCACGCUCGGACACGCCUGGCACGCCGUCAGCAUUAGAGCCUGCACCACGCUAGAGCCAAACCCAUCACAACCCCGCCAGGACUGUCUCACCUCGCCUCGCUUACUCAAACAUGCUAAUUCUAACAUGCUAACCGAGAAAAAGAGGACUAGUUCCACAGAGCGAUCGCCCAACUGGAGGUCCGUAUCGGGUCAUAUUGACUUGCUAUGACAGAGAACACAAAGAUAUUCUUUGUUUAAAAUUCUCACCAUCCUUUAAUGCGCCCAAUUGCUACUAUAGAUUAUUUUUUGUUUGUGUUAAAUGUUUCCUGUAAAUAAGCAGAGAAAAAAAAAAAAAGACCUCUGGAUCAGCACAUUAAACCUCCCGUUUGAUUCGUUUGUUUGCUGUUUGUUUGUUUUGCCUGUUUUUCAGCGCUUCUUCUCCUCUCCACUAGCUGGGAUAUGAAACUAGUUGACCUCAACAAAAGACACUUUACCAAACAACAAACCAAGGGAUUACUCCAUAGCUGUUGUAAACAAAGACGCAAAAAAAAAAAAGUGAUUAUAUGAAAGACAGCAUUCCGAGUAAGGAAGACAAAAACGAAAAAAAAAGUAAUGGGGAAAAAAAAAAACAUCAGGGCAGGACUUUGUGGAGUUGAAGAUGAAUAGCAUGUUAGUGAACUCAGCAGACCCUCGGCUCCGGUGUGCAGAUGCGCAGCAGAUUGUGAAGGAACGCAGAUGUUCCCUCCUCUUUUUCCUUACACGUCUGCAAGACAUUUGAUGCUAUCCAGGUCAGUGGUCUGAAAAAUAAAAGUCUGUUUUUCGCAGAGGAAUGUAAAGGCAUGGAGGACCGAGCAGCUUGAUGAGCGCAGCUCCAUGAUGAGCGCGCUGCAUCAGCUCCUAAAGAGGAAGUGAAGUCAUCAGCCCACCCAAGCACGACCCUCACUAUGACAGCUGUUUGGGAUGAAGGGGCUGAAAAAAAGGCACGUUCCUCCACUUCUGCCCAGCUUAAGCCCUACCCUCAAUCCUUCUUUCUGUUCUUUUUUUUCCUCUUAGCUUUCAUUGUGUUGAACAUUUGUGUUCCAUACUGUCUCUGAUGCUUAUUUAUUGUACAUGUGUUGGACAAAAAUCGUGAUCAUGCAUAAUACUAAAAAAAAAAAAAAAAACCCAAAAAAAAAAAAAAAACAUUUAGGCCCAUCCUUCUAGCUGGUGCAAAAUAACAUAUUAAGCAUAUCGCGAGCUGCUUUCCUGUUUGUGAGUGUUUGUGGUAGUUCCUUAGUAGCUGUUUAAGAAGAAAAAAAAUCCCGUUGUCCUCAAAAAGGAGACAAAAGCUAUCUCUCAGAGCUGCUGCUUCAGUCUAACGCCGACCUUUUCUGAGAACUAGCAUGUUACACGGAAUGCUAACAUUAAUGUUUUGUACAUGAGACGUACAUAAUUGUAUUUGCACUGUCACAACGUUCCUUUCAGCAUGCUUCUUUUUUCAAAGUUUCUCAGUAGAGAGCCUCACAUCACUGACUCUGCAGUGCUUCUUUACGUAUCUGUGAUCUUUAUUUUCUUUAAGGAAAAAAGGGAAAAAUAGUAUCCAGACCUGCUUUUGUUAGAAACGUUUCUUUGUCCUAAACGCGAUAGCAAAAAAACGUCAUACCUUUGCUUUGAAUAGUUACAAACAGUGCAUGCACAUUACUGAAUGUUGAAGUAUAUGUUCUUUUUUGUUCGUUUUAUACAAAAAAGAGAAAAAUCAUAUAAAAAAAAAAGAAAAAACAUACGCUAAGAAUCUAACUUUCCAAAUGCAGAGGUGUAAACAGACAGCUUUAACACUGCAAAGCACCAGGUUACACAGUAUUACAAAAAGAAUUAACAUGGAAGACAGCCAAAGACCGACACGAAGGACCAAAACCUGAUUUUAUCCUAUAUUUAAAUGUAACAAAAACAAACAAAAAAAAAAAACAACUAAAAACAAACAUCAAACGCACCAUUGAUUCUUUUGUUUUAUCCGAGAGUUCAUCAGGGGAAACCAUUUUCGGUUUCCAUUUUGAAACCUUUAACAUUUUCCUGUCGAAAGCCAAGACCAGCCCUGCUCAGCCUGAACGGAGGAAAAGUGAAGUCACACUUGUACGUAUGACAUCAUGGAUGUGACCUAAUGAGCAAUAAUAGAGACGGUGGCAUGAAUCCAUUAUAUCAGAAUUAUAGUUAGUGAGGUUUUCCUUCAGCAGUCCCCUGGUUGGAAUAUUACCCAGAAUGCAAUGGGGUGUUCAGACUUAAUUCAGCUAAAGCAGCACUUAUGACAUAUCUGUAAUGCGUAUCAGCCAAGAUGAUACAGUAAAGCCAUGCAAUCCAUGAUGAUUAAGUUUAAAAGUGGGACGCUCUCCCCGAACCCAUGGUGCUAAACGUCCCUCUACCUUCUCCUUUUCUCCCUUUCUGAGCUGAAACGAUCCAAAAACUUUUCAUUCACAACCAAGCUGUCUUUUUUUGCAAAACACAUCCAGUUAACAAUACGGUCAGUGUAAUCAGGGCAAACCUGAUAAAACAAACAAGUACUGUGGAAGUCUUAAUGAACACCUAGGAAGCUUCUCUUCUCCUCCUUCUUCUAAAAUACCUGUUUUGCUACAAUGUUUUUUUCCUCCGUGGCAGAAAAAGAAAAAAAAAAGAAAAAAAACCCUCACUCUACCUCUGACAGCAUGUUACGAGCACCAGUCGCUGAGCAGACACUGGUCGAGUCAAACCAAAUGGGCACGUGAGAACAGGACUAAAAAAAAAAUCCAAAGUAAAAAGCUCAUACAGCUGCGAAACCAUAUCACUACUUGGUAACAAUGCAGACCUCAUAAAGAGAGAACUUAAUGAAUAGAAGAAAUAUGCUGAAAAAAAAAAAAACUUUUUACGUUCAUUUUUGCUUGUGUCACACACAGAUCGCUUCUCUGAUGAAGAAUAAAAAUAAUUGGAAAGUUCUGACUCCAUUUGACAUUCAAGAAGUGGUCAAGUGAGAAACGUGAUCACGCCCCCUUACUCCCUUCUUCCUCCCUUUCCUAUUUUGCUGUAAGAAGCUCUAGGCCACUUGUCAAUGUCGUCUAGGUUCAUGUUCUAAACACGAGGUGUGCUUAAAUUAAAGAAGGCUGGUCAUUUUGCGCAUGCCUGUUUUUUUUGACAAUAUAUAAAGGGAGAUGUACAUGCAUUUUUCAAUUUGUAAAGUGAUUAAACGUCGAGCCUGACCGAAUCGCUGAGUCGGGUGGGUAAAGGGAGGGGUGGGUUCGGGCACAAAGAAAUGAAAACUUCUUUUUAUUGUGAAGAAAAGCUCAAAUAAAUGAAGGUUAUUGUGCAAUACUUAAUUGAAACAUGAACCACAGGUUAACGGUAGACUGACACUGGGGGUGUGCUCUUUCAUCACACUGUUUCAGUAUGUUGUUGAGCUUUGGAGUCUACUAUGUCAGAACUGUGGUUUCUUGUUUUGUUUUAUUUCUGUUUCAUUUGUUUUUCUUUUUUUAUUUUUUGGGGGCUAUAAUCAAUGGUCUGUCAGUCUGUGAAUCUUUGCAGUAUGAUUCUGGUAUUGUCGUACUCUUUACUGUGUAAUAAAUAUGUUAAUACCUGCA